AACGAACGCACAGGUCUCGAUACAACCAAAAUGUAUUCUUUGUGGACAAAAUAAUACUAUUUACUAUUGUUAUGAAUGUAAAAAAGCUUUGUGUAAACCAUGUAGAACUAAUAAACACGAUUGUAUUGCUGCAAACAAAAAACACAUUGUUACGGAUUUAAAAUGUGUUGACCUCACUUCGUUAAAAAAUAUACCAAACUGCAAGGAACACAAUACGGAUUUUUCAUUAUAUUGCACAAGUUGCAAAGUAUUGAUAUGCCAAGAAUGUGUGACAACUACACAUAGUGGGGAUACCUUUUCGACAAUGAAAGACCGUGCGAAAUUAAUGAAAAAAGAAGCAGAAGUACAUGUUGUUAAAAUGAAAGAAGAAUUAGCGAAAUCGUCAACCAUUAUAAAUGAAAUUGAAAACAAUCAUUUACCAGAAAUAGAAAAUCAAGCAAAAUAUGUUGUGAAAGAGAUCAAACUUGCUAUAACAGAGGUAAACCAAGUUAUAAAUUCGAAAAGUGACAUGAAAAUAACUAACAUUGAGGGUUUCAAACAUUUGGAGGAAGAACGGCUGAAAAUAGACUUAGCCAAUAGAAAACAUAUUCACAACAGAUGUUCAGAGGUGAAAUAUUCUUUUGAAAAAUUAAUUGAAGAAAAACAUGCAUUAACGUUCCUCACGGCAUAUACAAACUUGAUUGGCAAAAUUGUAGAUUUUGAAGAUAUUGAUCAAGGACCAAAUGAAUGCAAACCACCACCACAAUUCGACAGGAAUUUAUUUGUAGAAGAUCUCAUAGACGGCAUAACCAGUCAAUUCGAAAAGAGUGAAUCUGCACAAAUCAAACCAUACCACUUCCACAAAGAUCAACUACCAAGGUUAAUAAAAGAAAACGAGAGGUUAAAGCUUUCUGAAAAACAAUCCAAGGAGAUUUUGGAACAGAUCGACGAAGAAAUGAAGAGCUUGAAAGACACAACAAAAAUACUGAUAACAAACACAGAAUCUUUACAUGAUCUUUUAAGUGAUAUGGGAAACAAGUUGAAGCUUUCCGAACAACAAUCAAAACAAUUAUUAGAAAAGAAAGAACAAGAAUUAAAGACAUUGGAGGACACUAAUGAAGCAACGAAAGCAGAAAACGAGACUCUUCACGAUCUGUUAAAUGAUAUAGAAAGACAGUUAAGGCUUUCUGAAAAACAAUCCGAAGACGUUUUAGAAAGAAAAGACAAAGAAAUAAAGAGAUUGGAAGACACUAAUAAAGUGAUAAAAGUGGAAAAAGAGUCUUUACAAGAUCAACUGAGUGAUAUACAAAGCAGGAUAAAGCUUUCUAGAAACCAAUACAAAGACGUUUUAGAAGAAAAAGAAAUAGAACUUAAGAGAUUGGAAGACAGAUUUAAGAUUUCUGAAACAGAAUCCAAAGAAAAAGAGAGAAACAGAUUAGAAGACAAUCAAAACUUAUUAGAAGCAGAAAAACAAUCUUUACAAGAUCUGUUAAAUAAAAGCGACAACAAAUUUAAGCUUUCUGAAAAACAAUUCAAACAAAUUUUAGAAGAAAAUGGAAAAGAAAUAAAGAGAUUGCAAGACACUCAUAUAGUGAUGAAGGCAGAAAAACGGUCUUUGCAAGAUUUGUUAAAUGAUAUAAAAAGCCAACUAGAAAAAGAGAAACUUAAGUCAAAAGAGUGGGUAAAACUUUCCGAAAUACAUUCCAAAGAAAUUUUAGAAAAGAAAGAAAGACAGUUCAAGAGAUUGGAAGCUGAGAAAGAGUCUUUACAGUACAUUGUAAAUGAUUUAAAUUCACAAUUAGAAAAAGAAAAACACAAGCAACAAGGACGAAAAAAGUAAUGCUGCUGCUUGAUGGAAGAGGAAAAAAACGAAUAAUCGACGUGUUGCCUUAAUUCACUGUUUUGCGUAGAACUUUUGUAUUCGAUUUUUUUUAAAGAAACUGUGAAGCAUAUGUUAUUGUAACUUAAAAAACUUUAGCCUAAUUCUUCUUGCUCUGUAUUGUCGUUAAUAGAUAUGUCUAUAUAUGUUUUUAUUUUGACAUCGAACAUUUUAUACGCAUUUGAAUCCGUUACUGCUAAAGUGAUUACUUUCCUUUGAAAAAUGUAUCUCCCUGAUCACUGUUGUGCAAAAUUGUGGGUUGUAUCAAAGUAAAGCCCUUUUUAACUGAUUUUUAUAGUUUAUUUAUAUGUUGUUCUGUGAUACAACUGUCAAAAAUUAGGAGAGGGUUUAACAUACUCAGACUAGUUUUUUUCUCUCACAGACUAUAUAUGUGCCUGUCUCAAGCCAGUAGCCUGUCAUUUCAAUUGUUGUCAUUUGUUGUUGUAUAUCAUAUAAAUUUGUAUACGAAUCAGGCCGUGAGGUUGAGUUGUUUUACAUGUGCCAUUUUGAACCUUCUCUAUUUGAUAUGUCUUUUGUUCAUUAUUGACGGCUGUACGAUGAAUUGUAUUUGGUAACUUCUAUUGUUGUUUUGUCUGUUUUAAAAAAAAAUGUCUGAUAUGAAAUCAAACAACAUCUUUAUUUAUUUUUUUGGUACAUACAUUUUACUUUUGCAAAUUUUCUUUUGAUCAGACUAUAAUUUUCAAAUUGUUUAUGCCCUUAUUUUUUCUUGAUCCUUUUGAGUGUUUGGAAUUUUA